UUAGCAGGUGAAAUUUUUGCAAAUAUCUUCAAUUGACAACGAUAGCAGCAACAAAAACAACAACAGUACCUAAUCAAACUAGAUCAAUUCAGAAUGGCCGAGUACAAGCCAAACACUUCGUGGCCCCACCGGAUGAUGAGCUUCCAGUGCCGGCAGGCGGAUCUGAACCGCCUGGUGAUGAACUACCUGGUCACAGAGGGCUAUCAGGAGGCCGCCAAGCGUUUCAUGGCCGAGGCGGCCGUGAAGCCGGGUCCCCACAUGAACACCAUCGGGGAUCGACAGAGAAUCCAGGAUGCGGUGCGAGUGGGCCAGGUGAAGUACGCCAUGGAUCUGGCCACUCGGCUAUAUCCGCGCCUCUUCGAGACCGACAACUAUGUGUUCUUCCACAUGCAACAGUUGCGCCUGAUCGAGAUGAUCAGGGAUCAGAAGGUGGAGAAGGCCUUGAAGUUUGCCCAAAGCAAAUCUUCGGGAUUUUCGAAGGUCGAUCCGAGGCAUUUUCACGAAGUGGAACGGACCAUGGGACUGUUGGCCUUCGAUCGUCCGGAAUACAGUCCCUAUGGCGACUUGAUGUACUACUCGUAUCGCCAGAAGGUGGCAGGCCAAAUAAACGCAGCCAUGGUGCGUUGCCAGGAUGCGGAGAACAAGGUACAGGAAGAUGAGCCCAUGGAGCCGAGGAUGAUGUUCUUGAUCAAGCUGAUUUUGUGGGCCCAGAACAAGUUGGAUCGCGAGGGAUACACCGACUUCCAUAAGAUCAAUUUCGACCAUGGUGAUUUCGAGGAGGAGUUCCGCCGGAGCUUCCAGGGUUUCUAAGGCGAUAAGCACACAAACACACACACAAUAAUUGUCCAACGAUCGGUCGGCGUCUACUGCGAAACUAUAUAUAAAUGUAUUUUUUUUUUAGCAAAUCUACACAUAUGAAUGUAUUUUUUUUUGUGGCAAAUCCUACAAAUAUGAAUGUCAUUUUUUUUGAAUGGAUGUUGAAUAUUAAAUAUUUCCAUAUCUUGAUGUAAA